AUAAGAUAAAAUCCCAUGUCCAAGGCAGAAGGAGAUCUCAGGGAAUCUCUCAUCACAAGACACAGAGCUCAUCCUAAGAAAACACCUUCCUAGGGUAUCAUUACAUUGGAGGCUGAAAACCUACAUAUCCGGUAAAAACCAAACAUGGCCAUAGGGAGAAGUCUUUUCUUUCUGCAGCUCGGGAUAUUUGUUUAUCUGUCUAUAGAAGCAGAAGCUCAAGAUGCACGUCCAGAAUUUCAAAAGAUUCAGUGCCUUGGUCAAUACCAAAUCCGUGGCAUAAAGCGUACGUGCUACAACAAUUGCGACAACCUCAACAGCACAACAGAAGCCUGUGUAAAGCCUUUAUUCUAUGGAUGUAAUUGUAUGGACGGUUAUGUCUUCCAGUCGGCAACCUCCAAUGUCUGUGUUCCGGUGUCCAGUUGCAAUGUCCUUUGCCCUCCAAACAUGCAUUUUGACCCCUGUAUCACAUCAUACCGGAAAACCUGCGCCACUAGGAAUCUACCAUCAGUACUAUUCAAACCCUGCCAGCCCCGAUGUGUCUGUAAUAAUGGGUAUAUUCUGUCUAAUGCUCCGGUCCCAGUAUGUAUAAAGAUUAUACAAUGCUUGAGGAUCACUCCAGUAGAAUCACUUGAUAUCGCUUUAGUCUCAAAGGUCUGAGAUUAUAUUUCUGGUCAUCUCAAUAGUCGGUGACUUUGAUGUUCCUUUUGGCGUCAAAACUCACAAAAUGAAUAACUUUGCAUAACUGGUUUCUUGGUGUGGUGGUGGUGGUGAGUAGGACAUUAUAACCAUAGAUAGUCCUGGAGGUCAAUCAUAGACAUUGACAUGGACAUUGUAGUCUGAAAGGGGUACUUUGGUGGAAAACAAUAUAUUUUCGUAUCCAGAAAGUUAAACAGAUUUGUAAAUCACUUCUAUUAAAAAAAAUAAUCCUUACAGUACUUAUCUGCUGCUGUAUGCUACACAGGAAGUUGUGUAGUUCUUUCCAGUCUGACCACAGUGCUCUCUGCUGACACCUCUGUCCAUGUUAUGAACUGUCCAGAG